AUGCAAGAACAAGAUCAUAAUCAAGAUCUUAAUCAACAAUACUAUGAACAGGCGGAUCCUACAAACAUCAUCUGGAAGGCGCUCCAAGACCUCAAUCUCGGAGCUAACCGGUCUCCAUGGUCAGUUCACGAAGAUGCGCAGAGAGAAUUCGAAAAGGAUCAUCGCUUGUGUUUGGUUGCUCAAGGAUUAAACCCGCAACAUCAGAACGGACCGGGAAUCAAGGUCACUCUCCCUCGGACUUGGCAACUGGUAGGGAAAGUGGAGGGUCAAGUGAACGAUGACGAUUCAGUUAACUUCUACUUCACUUCUGAGCACCAUCUUCUCAACGUUUUGGAGAAACAGCCAUAUACCUACAGAGGGUUGAUUGUAGCUCUAGAUAGAUGGUCUCAUAUGGGUUCUCUGACUUAUCUCAGGCAAAUUCCGUUUAGGGUUCGUAUCUAUAAUCUCCCCAAUAUAUACCGCAGACAAGGAAUAGUUUACAGUAUCGGCUCAAGACUUGGUCAAGUGGGUGAUGUCUCUAUAAUAGAGCCGAGGAAUAACAGAGAAGCUAAAGUCUGGGUUAACAUCCUCUUUGAUGUCGACGAUGUCAUCACUCUCAAAAGGUCCAUUGAAAUUAUCAAGAAUAAGCCACCGGUGGAGCUUGAAUUCAGAUACAUGGGUCUUUUGAAGUUUUGUACUCUCUGUGGAAGCCUCAAGCAUGCUUUUGAUGUCUGCAAUGAAUCAGCUCACAUGAGUCAGCGACAGUAUGAGCUGAUGGAUAUUGGAACUAACCCUUAUAUGACGGCUCAGGAAAGGAAAGAAGCCAUUGAUGAAUAUAAAACAAUAAGAGAAGUGGGAGAAUCUUCAGGUUCAGUGCUUCCUAUGAUCACAGAUGCUGCCCACUAUGAAGCCUCUGAAGCAACUGUUGGUCAUCUGGUUCAAGUUCAAGGCAACCAAGCACAUCAAGGAACAGAGAGCACCCUUACUUCACAGGAGGAUCUACCUACUAGUCAAGAAGAUCAUGGAACCAAGAGGAAAUCUAUGGAAGGAGCAGAAGAUACAGCACAAGAUUCAGCAAAGAGACUUGAGACAGAGCAUCCGAACAAUGGUUUGGCGGUUCUCCUCAAACCGCAAGAUCGCCCAUGA